AUGGCGCCGGUGGGAGUUGCGAUUAUUGGAAGCGGCAUUUGGGUGAAGAAGCACCACCUUCCCGCCGUCCUUCGUUGCCGGGAUCUCUCCCUCAAGGCCAUCUACUCGCGCACUCGCGCCUCCGCCGAGCAGGCCGUCGAAGCUAUCCCCAACGAGGCAGGACCCGAUCCGGCCAUCUACGCUGCCGAUGCAGGGUCGGGUAAAUCCUACGCCGAUCUCCUUGCACGGUCCGAUAUCCAGGCCGUGAUUGUUUGCAUCAACAUUUCGGAUGGUCCUGCUUAUGCUACGCAGGCUCUCAGGGCGGGCAAACACGUGCUUGCGGAGAAACCCAUUGCUGCGAAUAUCGAAGCGGCGAAGAAGCUCAUUGCGGACUGGAAGGACGUGAUAGCAGGAGGCAAGAAAGUGACGCUGGGCAUCGCCGAGAACUUUAGAUUCUUCGAGUCGGUGAACUUCGCUGCUGAGGAGUCGAAGAAACUGGGGAAGUUGAACGGGUUCCAAGGCAGGAUGUUCUUCCCUACACCGCCGGACAGCUCCUGGAUGACUGAUUGGCGCAAGAAACCAGUGCACCAAGGAGGCUUCGUGCUCGACGCGGGAAUCCACUUCAUUGCUUACCUCCGCGCGGUCCUCGGGCGGGAGAACGCUCUCGAGAGCGUCUCCGCCCUCACGGCGCAGGUACAGCCGCACCUACCGCCUAUUGAUACCAUUCAUGCCAUUCUGCGAACCAAAUCUGGCGUCGUUGGUUCUCUCUGUAUCACCGCGGGAACACUGUACCUCGAUGGUGCCGAGACAUCCUUCUCCUUUGAGAAUGGCGCCAUCAUUGCAGAGGCGGGCAAAGUCAUCGUUAAGGCUCUUGACGAAGACGAAGUCGAGACGGAGGAGGAGCAGUUUGAUCUGUCUACUUAUGGCGUCAGUGAGGAGGUGAAUGCGUGGGCAGCGGGCUUGGUUGCCGGGAAACCAAACCCGGCGCAGUCGGUUGAGGAGGCACUGGCUGAUUUGGAGGUGAUGGAGAUGAUGUUUGAAAGUGGCAAGGAGAAUGGAGCGGUGAAGAAGUUGAAGUAUCAGUUGUAG